UGCACGGGAGGCGAGGCCCCGCCCACGGAACCGCCGAAGAAUAACGUGGUCUCGCGGCGCGGACGACUAGUCACCUCUGAGCUCGCGUCAGUGUGUGAUCUCCACCCGGCGCUCUGUCCCGACCCGUCCCCGCUGCCGGUGUGAUUGUGAGAACUCUUCGGCUUUGAAACUGUGACUGUGUGACGUGUAGCGUGUAGUAGGAGCGGUACAGACAUGGCCCCUCAGGCCCCCGAACAGAGCAAGGCGCCGGACCUCCUGGAGGAGGAGCAGCCGCACCACCACCACAACUUGGAGGAGCGCGAAAUUCAUAUAGAUCUACGGAAAAUUUACGCCGACCUUCGCAACCUGGACUGGUCCAAGGUGGUGUGGCGGAACGUGACGCUGUUCGCCCUGCUCCACUUCUACAGCGUGUACGGCCUGUACUUGGCGCUGUUCUCGGUGCAGUGGAAGACCAUCGCCUUCAGCGUGGUGCUGUACUUCAUGGCUGCGCUGGGCAUCACCAUGGGCGCGCACCGCCUGUGGUCGCACCGCUCGUUCAAGGCGUCGCUGCCGCUCCGCAUCGUGCUCGCCAUCUUCCAGACGAUCGCCUUCCAGAACGACAUCUACGAGUGGGCGCGCGACCACCGCGUGCACCACAAGUACAGCGAGACGGACGCCGACCCGCACAACGCCCGCCGCGGCUUCUUCUUCUCGCACAUGGGCUGGCUCAUGUACCGCAAGCACCCGAGCGUCAUCGCCCGCGGCAAAGGGCUCGACCUGUCCGACCUGCAGAACGACAAGGUGGUCAUGUUCCAGCGCAAGUUCUACCUGCCGCUGGUGGUGACGUCGUGCUUCGUGCUCCCGACGGUGAUCCCCUGGUGGUACUGGGACGAGCACCUGGUCAACGCCCUCAUGGUGGCGGGCUUCCUGCGCUACACCAUCGUGCUGCACAUCACCUGGUUCGUGAACUCGCUGGCGCACUGGGUGGGCACCAAGCCCUACGACAAGAGCAUCUACCCGUCGCAGAACCCGAUGGUGGCCUACCUGGCGCUGGGCGAGGGCUGGCACAACUACCACCACGUCUUCCCCUGGGACUACCGCACGGCCGAGCUCGGCGGCCUCGUCAACUACAACAUCACCAGCCUCGUCAUCGACUUCUGCUACAAGAUCGGCCUCGCCUCCGACCUGAGGACCGUCACGCCCGCCAUGAUCGAGAGACGCAUCCAGAGGACGGGCGACGGAUCCUACCAGCCGCCCGCGGCCACGGCGAAGUGAACGCCCCCACGCCCACUCGGCCGCCCUGCAACAACAAUGCACAACUGCACGACGUCGUCAGCCCUGCCCCGACGCCCCCCCUCCUCCCCGCCCCCGCCCGUGACAGCGCCGGAACAUGUCCCAGGGAGCACAGCCGUUUGUAACCGAGUAAUUUAGAAGUGGUAUUCCAAUUUGUACGACACACAACACACACAUCUAUAUAUACCGUGUGGAAACAAGUGUUUAUACAUUAGGUCUUUUUUUUUUGGUAUAUACACAACACGUAGCAACGAAAGUGCAACCUCUUUGUAAACAAGAUAGUCAGGUACACCAAGGCCUUACUUUUGGCACCGCUGCAGAAGGGACAGAAGGAGCACUUUUCCGCAGGCCGAGUUCGCCGUCAAUUCCGUAGCCGAGGGCCACCUCUCUCCCGUACUCGCCCGGCCGGUUCUUGCGAGCAAAAUAGUAGUUGUAGGCCUCUUCUUGUAACCCGGAAUUAUUGGGUAUCGUUUGAUAUGUGUGUUGGUUAUAUAUACAAAUAUAUAUCUUGAGUGAAACCACCACGAUGCUUUUUUUGUGAGAAAUGCAACCAGAUUUUUUGAGAUGUGUCAUAUAAAUAUAUAGUUUUCUGUCUUACACCUUAUCAAUGGCUUUCCUACCAACACGUUAUCCAAAAAAAAAAGCUUGUAGCGAAAAAAAUCAAUGAAAAUGAGGUGUAUCAGCUGUUCCCUUCUCGAGUCUUGGAGGUUUUUUAAAAAUGUGACGAAGAGGAACAUACGAACGUGAGAGAAAAUGGUGCUCAUUCAGUAAAACAAUAAAAAAACAAACCAAAACAAAGACAAAAAAC